CGCCGCGCAUGCGCGUCGCCUCACCGUCCGCGACGAGGAGCGGCCGCGGUAAUGUCGCCACCGGGACCGGGGCCUGAGGGAGGUGGCGGCGGGCCGUGCCUGCGCUCCGUUAACACGCGAGAACUCUCCGAGGUCGUCUUCAACAACCGCAGCCCCCGCUCCGUUCUCCCGAUCUGGGUGGACUUUGAGGGCAGGCCGCGUUACUAUCCGGUUCUGCAGCCGCGUACCGGACGGAUUAUGCAUAGCUACCGGGGUCAUCUCUGGCUGUUCCGGGAUGCGGGGACAAACGAUGGCCUCCUUGUCAACCAGCAGGAGCUGUUUGUAGCGGCUCCCAAUGUGAAUAAAGCAGACAUCACGCUGCCAGUGUUCACCCUGAAAGAGAGAUGUCUCCAGGUUGUUCGCAGUCUGGUCAAACCGAUGGAUUACAGGAAACUGGACAUUGUUCGAUCAUUAUAUGAAGAGCUGGAAGAUCAUCCAGAUAUUAGGAAGGAUCUUCAGCGACUUUCUCUGGAGAGAAGUGAAACAUUGAAGAAUGGAAUUCUGGAAUAACAUGAUUACUCACUCCAGACUCUUUAAAUAGCAAACCACUGAGUUUAAGCAGGAGUAGUUGCUGCGAAACAUACCAAGAACUAAUGUCUGCAUUUUAGGUUCUGAAAUAUAAACUCAGUUAAAUUGAAGAAAACUUGCUGUGAUGCUAUGUCAGAUCCAAGAGACUGAAGAGCACGUAGAAACACGCCAGGUUCCUGAUGGUUCCGUUCUGUUCUUCGUUAUGUGUAUUGCAGAGCGAUGACUCUAGACGCCUCACGCAGGUGAAACUCAAAGAAGUUUUAUUUGGACUAUCUCGGAACACUGCAUAGGGACAUAGAUCAGGUCAUCUGUUUGGAGAAUAUGCAUACAGAUCAACUUUCUUUGUAAUAGAAAGUAAAUUACACCAAGGAUUAAUUUAGGCCAGACUCUAAUGAUUGUAAGUGGCACAACACCAUUUUUGCUUGAAUAAUUUGUUUUCAAUGGAAUUUCACUCUCUCACGCUUAGCCCAGAUUUGCCUGUGAAUCACAGAGCGUGGGGGGUGUUUGUGUACGCAAGGGUUUCCACCACCACCUCCUGAGGGCCUGAAACGUUAUGUUGGUGGGAAGGUGGCACGUGUAAAUGCUUGGGGGCUUUUCUGCCUCUGACCUUUGCAUUUAUAAACCCAUGUCAUGCCUGCUCUGGGGCCAACAGAUUUUUACACAGAUCAUACCUUGAAUGCCUUAUUUGCUCUUCGUGAUGGAUUCUUGCCUAGUUGAUCUCAAGGUGAUCCAACCUAGUCAGCCGUAUAGCCUGGAUCCUAGUUUUUGGACACCUUUCUCCUCAGCAGCUGCUUCCCCAGCUUCCUGUACAGGUGUAUCGGGUAAGCGUUCAGAGAAGGUAGAUGCUUUGAGUCCGACCUUUCCCAUCGCAGCGCAGCAGUUGGGGUUGUAGUGGGAGGCCUUUCCGGGGAGCAUGGACCACUCAAGCUGUUUGUGUCCUAAGGAGCAGACAGCAGACUGUAUCAGCUCCUACGGGCCUAUUGCUAGAUCCAGCUCACAGACAGAGCCACGCUUUAUUACAGGCUAGAUAAGCAGAGAAAACAUUUCUUUUCCUAUAUGGCGUUUCUCCCGUACCUCAGUUAGAAUGCAUAUUUGUGUGAAUGUACACCCAUAAAUCAAAGGAGCGCUGCUUUUAGCAGAUCCGUGAAUUGUCCACCAAGUAACAGACGUAGUGCUGUUCAGUGUUAGAAGCAGGUUGAUAGGAGAUUAUAGCAGGUUAUUUCUGUGGCAUACUUUUCUUUCCAGUUAUACAUUCUUAAGAAACACAGCUGUGAAACUGAGAAUAUCAAAGUAUUCUGUAAGUAUGAAACGUCUCCCCUUGUUGUAUACUUGUUUUUCUUACAUAUUUGAAGUGUACGAGUUGAUCUUUGUCAUAAAAAUGUAAAUCCAUGCUAA